UGGGGGUGGGUGGGAGGCGAGCCAUAGACCGUCCGCCCCUCGCGAAAUUAAGAACCUGGAAGUUCACCUUUUCCAGCGAAACGAACCCUUUCGGGUGCCAGGUCCGGGGCGGCGCUGAGGUUGCGGCGGGGGCGGGGGGGGAGGGCAAAGGAGUCUGCCCUGGCUAAAUGUCCCCCUCUGCCCAACACAUACCUUCGCCGUCGAUCUGGCGAAGAGGAAAGUGGCAAACUCUCCUCUCUACGCCAGCGAGGGUGAGGAAGGGGACUACGCCUCUCUCGGCCCGAGGCGCUGACCGCUGACCGGGGCGUUUCCUAUUCCCCCCUGGAUCAUGGGCUAGAGCUUGGGGAGCCCUUCUGACUCCCCUAUCUCCUCCCUCGAAGUGUGUACCUGACUCCAGCGCUGAUGUACCUGGAGACACCUGCAUUCCCUCUUCCUUGUCCUCGCUAUGGUCCUGACCAGUGUGGGUGGUGGCAGGCCUCCACACUGCCGGCUGAGCCUCUGAGCAACCGUUUUCCCAGCUCUUCUCUUCCAGGCUCAUUCCCUCAGUCAUUGUGACAACCGAUGCGGGCCUGAUUCCAAGCGGUGGGGUGAUGAGCAAGCAGAGUUUCCACUCUGGGGUGGGAGUGGAGGUAGAGGCAGAGAAGAGAUGAUAAAAUAAUUUCAGGUUCUGGGAGUGCCACGAAGGAAGGAAAACGUGUAGGGGGUCGGGGGGUACGAUGCUGCCUUGGAUAGGGUGGUCAGGGAGGUCCUCUCUUGGAUGUUCCCAGACUGAGGGGGACAGCAGGGGCGAAGGCACGGGGGAAAGAAGAGCAGUGUGCUUGAAGCAAGUGAGUCAGAGGGAGCGUGGGAGGAAAUGAGAUGACAGUGUGGGCCCGCGAAGGAGCUGGACGUUAUUCUAAAAUCAGGAAGGGUUCAUGGAAGCCCAUGGAACGCGUUAAUGAGCAAGGGAGUCACGUUUCCCUAGUCUGAGCUUUCUCAGCAUUUUCGGCGGGGGGCGGGGGAAGGGUUGUGGAGCAGGGACUGUGACCAAGCCAGCUGACUUCCUGCCAAUUAUCAGUUGACCAUGGCCCCCUCUGACCCUCUGAAAACUGGGAGUGAUAAUUGCUACCUCACUGGAUGCACACCUGGCCCAACCUGCUGUCAUCCUCCCCCACAGGGCCUGGCCACCCCUCCCACAGAAUGCCUGAGGGCCCUGAGCUGCAUCUGGCCAGUGACUUUGUGAACGAGGCAUGCAGGGAGCUGGUGUUUGGCGGGUGUGUGGAGAAGUCACCUGUCAGCCGCAACCCUGAGGUGCCCUUUGAGAGCAGCGCCUACCACAUCUCAGCUUUAGCCCGAGGCAAGGAGCUGCGCCUGACACUGAGCCCCCUGCCUGGGGCUCAGCCCCCACGAGGGCCACUGGCCCUUGUCUUCCGCUUUGGCAUGACCGGCUCCUUCCAGCUGGUGCCCAGCGAUGCGCUGCCACCCCAUGCCCAUCUGCGCUUUUACACGGCUCCCCCUGGCCCCCGACUUGCCCUCUGCUUCGUGGACAUCCGCCGCUUUGGCCACUGGGACCUCGGGGGCAAGUGGCAGCCAGGCCGCGGGCCAUGUGUCUUGCUGGAGUACGAGCAGUUCAGGGAGAAUGUGUUACGAAACCUAGCAGACAAGGCCUUUGACCGGCCCAUUUGUGAGGCCCUCUUGGACCAGAGGUUCUUCAAUGGCAUUGGCAACUAUUUGCGGGCAGAGAUCCUAUACCGGCUGAGGAUACCCCCCUUCGAGAAGGCCCGCACGGUUCUGGAGGCACUGCAGCAGCGCAGGCCGAGCCCGGAGCUGACCCUGAGCCAGAAGAUCAGGGCCAAGCUGCAGAACCCAGACCUAUUGGAGCUGUGCCACUCAGUGCCCAAGGAAGUGGUCCAGCUGGGGGGCAAAGGCUAUGGGCCGGAGAGCACGGAGGAGGACUUCGCUGCCUUCCGAGCCUGGCUGCGGUGUUAUGGCACGCCAGGCAUGAGCUCCCUGCGGGACCGGCAUGGCCGCACCAUCUGGUUCCAGGGGGAUCCUGGACCCUUGGCGCCCAAAGUCCCCACUCCAACCCUCGGAGGCACUCCAGAGUGGGAGCAUGGGAGUCUAGAGAAAGGGGGCUGCGGCCACAAGACCCUCCAACCCCAUCAGCAACAGUAUCCUGCAGGGGGCAAGUCCCGCAAGAAGAAAUCCAAGGGAGCACAGAGGGGUCCUGAGGACCAAGUGGAGAACCCUCCACCUCCAAACAAGGCCCCUUCAAGGACACGAAGGGCACGGAGAGGCCUUCCUGAGCAGACUGCGGCCCAGCAGCCCGAGGGGACCAGCCUCCAACGGGACCCAGAAGCCCCCUGCGUCCCUGAGAAAGGGAAGAGGAGGAGGCAACCAGCGACCUCAGGCCGCCGCAGACCCCAAAAGAUCAAGGCUGACACCCCAUCCUUGGAGCCUGAGGAGACCUCAGCCUCUUAGCAGGAGGGUCUCCUUGCUUGCAUCCACCCCUUCCUGCUGCCCUGGAUCUGGGCCUGUGCGGCUUCCUGGAAGUUGCAGGGGACUGGCUGCCCCUGGCCCUGUGGCCAUUCCCUAUACAACUAUGACGUUUUCAAUUGUACCCAUUGUCCCCAUUUUUUAAGCCCACGUGAAAAAGGCUGUAAUUUUUAGUAAACUGAUAAACCUUGAACUUCU